GCUGGCGCUGUGGAGGAACAGAAGCACUCCGUCCGCUACGCGGAGGAGACCGGCGUGGGGGCCACCAGGCCCACCCCACCCCCAAGUCAAGGCUGGGGGACCUUGGAGAUCCAAGCAUUUCCUCUACAGAGGAGGAAACAGGCCCCAGAAGCGGCGUGACUUGGCCAAGGUCAUGUAGCAGAACGAGGAUUGGAGCCCAGGGCACUGAAGCGAAGGCAUCUUGCAUCCCAGCUCCUUCCCAGCAUCGAGGUGGGAGGAAGGCAGACUGCUCUGGUGCUGCGGCCUCGCUCUCGCUCUCGCUCUGCUCUCCCGAUGGGACGCCCCUCACCCCAUAUCCCUUUUUGCUACUGAUUCUGCCUCUUGCCGGUAGACCUCAGGAUACAGCGGACUUGGGCUCCCGCUAGAUCUGGAGGCCCCUCAGGUCUCAGGCUCAGGUCUCGAUGUAAUCCCCCUGACUGGCAUGCCUGGAGGUGGGGCAGAUGAGGCAAACUCGGGGGCUGGAGGUCCUCUCUGGGACUCUCCAUGGGUGAGUCAGCCUUAGAAGAAUUGGAAGUGGAGCCAUCCAAGGCAGUCUUGAAAGUCAACGGAGUAGGAAGAGAGCACACCCUGAGGUGAGGGACAAGUCACCCUCUCGUCUGUACGGUGGAAAGGGGCGACCAAAGGCCUUUUUCUGCGUUUGUGGGGAACCGCUCUGGACUGCUUUGCCCGGGCAACUGGACAAGGGUCUAAGGAUAACUCUGGGACCAUAACAGCCAUGAUUCUCACAGAUGACUCCAGAUUUCUGCAUUCUGGGCAAUGUCAGGUGCCACUGAACUUGAUCUGACACCCAUUUCCUAGAGGAUGGCCAAGGGGCUCUUGGUGACCUAUGCCCUCUGGGCUGUAGGGGGCCCUGCUGGGCUCCACCACCUGUACCUUGGGCGGGACAGUCAUGCACUGCUCUGGAUGCUUACCCUGGGGGGGGGUGGCCUGGGCUGGCUCUGGGAAUUCUGGAAGCUCCCAAGCUUUGUAGCUCAGGCCAACAGAACCGAGGGGCAGAGGCAGAGCUCCGGAGGGAGGACACCCCCUCUGAGUCUUAUUCGCUUUGUCGCCCAGAUGAUAGUGGGCAUCUAUUUUGGCCUGGUGGCUCUCAUUAGCCUUUCUUUCAUGGCCAACUUCUAUAUUGUGGGCCUCCCACUGGCAGUUGGCUUAGGGGUCUUGCUGGUGGCUGCUGUUGGCAACCAGACCUCAGACUUUAAGAAUACUCUUGGGGCAGCAUUUCUUACUUCCCCUCUUUUCUACGGCCGCCCCAUAGCCAUCCUGCCCAUUAGCUUGGCUGCCAGCAUUACAGCCCAGAAGCAUCGCCGCUAUAAAGCUUCAGUUGGGUCAGAGACGCUCAGUGUUCGGCUCUAUCGUCUGGGCUUGGCUUACCUGGCUUUCACAGGCCCACUAGCCUACAGCGCCUUUUGCAACACAGCUGCCACCCUCAGCUAUGUGGCAGAAACCCUUGGCUCCUUCUUGAGUUGGUUCAGCUUCUUCCCCCUCCUUGGCCCCCUCACGGAGUCUUUCCUCCUUCUGCCUUACCGGGUCUGGAGGCUGCUGGUGGGGGAUCCUGGCUUCAGCAGCGGCUACUUCCGGGAGUGGGAGAAGCUCUAUGAGUUUGUUAGCAGUUUUCACGAAGAGAAUCGUCAGCGGGCUUACCAGGUUUUGAGUCUCUCAGAGGGGGCAACAAAUGAAGAAAUACAUCAAAGAUACCGGCAGCUAGUGAAGAUCUGGCACCCUGACCACAACCGGCACCGAACCGAGGAGGCUCAGAGGCAUUUCCUGGAGAUUCAGGCUGCAUAUGAAGUCCUGAGUCAGCCCAGAAAGCCCAGGGGAUCCUGGAGGUGAGAAGAAAUUUCCCCUUGGGAAUGGACUCUUUCUGGCAGAACCAAGCAGCUUGUCCCAGCCCAGCUUUGCCCACUUGGGUCAUCCCAAUAGCGUUAAAGAAACUGACUGUUGGCAGUGGGGAUGAGGACAACUUAAAGGGGUAAGAAAGCUUUUGUGGUAGAAGAAUGUAUUUAUGUUGCAAAUUUCUGAAUUCUCAUUAUUGUAUUCCUGACAAUUUCUUCUUAAAAUCAGAUAGUGAAAUGAAAGGCAUAUUAUAAAACUAAUAAAAUAUCUUUUAGAGAAUAUACUACCAUGCCCUACCCUGUUACAUUGAUGAGUGAUGGAAGAAGGUUGUUUAUUAAUUUCAUUUCACUCCUUUCCUUUCUUUCCCUUUCCAUUUCUUUUUCUUUCUUUCUUUUCUUUUCUUUCUUUCUUUCUUUCUUUCUUUCUUUCUUUCUUUCUUUCUUUCUUUCUUUCUUUCUUCUCUCUCUCUCUCUCUCUCUCUCUCUCUCUCUCUCUCUUCCUUCCUUCCUUCCUUCCUUCCUUUCUUGUGUGCAAAGCACUGAGUUAGGAGAUUGAAGGAAAAAUAUGAAGGUUCUACUAUUUCACAAUCUGUCCUGUGACCGUAGGGAUAAGAGAGGGGUUAAAUUUUAAAAUUUCAGAAAAAUAUCUUGAUUCCAUUUAUAGGAGAGUUUUACUAGGAGCUACACUUUUCCCAGGAAGGAACAAGCUGCUGUGGGAUGGGGGUAGUACCCCCAUCACACACUCUUCUGCUUGAUGAAGUAUUGUAGAGAGCCCUCAGAUUUUACAUGGGUGGUUGGACUGGCUGAAUUCUCAGGUGUUCCCAGAACUUGGGGUAUGACUCUGAACUACAUACUCUGCUGCCUAGGAGCUUACAGUCUGGUGGGGGAUAUAACAUACACAGAUAUCAAAGUUCACCUCCUUCAGUGUUUUGAACUAAGUGUCAUAAGUAUAGAGUGUGGGGCGCCUGAAUGGCUCAGUCGUUGGGCGUCUGCCUUUGGCUCAGGUCAUGGUCGCAGGGUCCUGGGAUCAAGCCCUGCAUCGGGCUCCCUGCUCGCCGGGAAGCCUGCUUCUCCCUCUCCCACUCCCCCUGCUUGUGUUCCUCUCUCUGUCAAAUAAAUAAAUAAAAAUCUUAAAAAAAAAAAGAAGCAUAGAGUGCACUGGAACAUUGGCGAAGGGGCAGAUGACAUUGUUUUAUGGGGACUCAUGGGAAAAUUCAUGAUUUUAUAUCUCAUGUGCCUUUAUGAGGACUUUGGGGAAACUCUAGGGAACCAGCAGCUUGAGCAUCUCAACAGGGUCUUAUUUAGAGCCUAUGUAACCAGCCAAGUGCGGAAGAAACAGUCUAGGAUACACAGGGAUAAUGGAGAACAGAAACAUGAUGUUAAAAUUAUAUACCUUUAGGGCGCCUGGGUGGCUCAGUUGGUUAAGCGACUGCCUUCGGCUCAGGUCAUGAUCCUGGAGUCCCAGGAUCGAGUCCCGCAUCGGGCUCCCUGCUCGGCAGGGAGUCUGCUUUUCCC